AUGAAUCAGACAAAUCUUUCGAAACGAGGAAUCACUGCAAAGGAAGACAGAGAUAUGUUUGGAAAUACAGGACCACAGUUACUACAGGUACUGCUUCUGAUGGUGUUGACAAUUGUGACAUUUGCAAUUGAAUGUAACAAGCCAGUUAUUCCUGACGGUUGUGGAGGAGGAUGUUUAGUCUUGGAUAAAGAUGCAUGUAUUGCAUCUAAUAGAACAUACAUAGAAAGGGGAUCUAUCUGUCACUGCGAUAUCUGUGUAAAACGCGUCGGAGAAUAUCAACCGUGUAAUUACACUGUGAUGGACGAGUACGAAAAUGAUAAUGAGGUGUACUUUGGUCAUCGACAAACAACAGUGCUUUGUAAUUUGAAUUUGAUUUGCACCAAAAAUUUUAAUGUUUCAGAUCAGAAAGAUAAGAUGAUGUGUCAAAAGUUGAAGUCCAUGGUGUAUUUUGUUCUCCUGAUAUCUGUGACGGCUUCGGUAGCAAUUGCAAUAGAGUGUUUUUCUCCGCUACCUCCCAAUCAAUGUGAGUUAGUGGAUGUCGCAUGCUUCACCUUCAAUGAGACUGACUGCACCACUGCAGGCGGUUUUUUCGUGGCGCAUGGUGGCGUCUGUGGCUUUUGCAAUCUCUGUGUAGAGUUUGUAGACAAUGGGCAACGUUGCAACACGUCUGUCAAGACUUUCAAUACUGAAGACACUCCUGUGACGGCCAUAUGCAAGCAUCCUUUAGUGUGUUCUACUUCCAAUAACGGGCAAUGCGUAAACCCGCACGAAUGCGAAUACAGCAAUUCUUGAUUUGAAAGUAAGUUGUCACGAAAUUGAUGAAGUUUGGCUCAAAUUAAAUGCUUCCUGUUUCAUUAUUUUGUUUUUGAGGUA